UCCUCGCGGUUAGUCAGUCGAUCGACGAACACCGCGUUGUGCGCACCACUGCUGCCGAAGCGAGCAGGUAGUUGUUUGCGGGCGGGUUAUAUACGUAGAAAGCUCGAGAAAGCACGCGUCGCACGCUCUCAGCUGUUAGCGACGCACGAGCUACGAGCACGUGUACUCGUACCAUUCAUUUAAGCUUCGAUUAUGUAGUUUAAUAGCCAGAUUUUUCAACUUUUCAAGAAGAAAUUUUGUGUUUAAGUGUCGCAAAAACUUUGAAAACAUCCAACAAAUAUUUUGUAAUCAACUUCAACGUAUCAACAUGGUGCUCGUGUUGAACGGCGUGCUGCAGAAGGAGUGUCCGCCGGACACGCGCUCGCUGUACCACGCGCAUCCGGUUUAUCGGGACACCGCCGCUCAGCUGCUUGCCAUCCCCAAUAAAGUCAUCGGUCCGGUGGGACUCCUGUACGUUCAACAGCGUGAACUAGCCGCCACUGUACCAAUGGACAAGAGUGUCAGUAUACUUGGAUCCGACGAUACCACCACAUGCAUAAUCGUCGUUGUGAGGCAUUCCGGUUCCGGAGCAGUAGCGUUAGCGCACUUGGAUGGAAAUGGUACUGAUGAGGCAGUGUCCACGAUGGUGCAGCGCGUCCAGGAGCUGGCCCUCGGCUAUCCCGAGGGACGCAUCGAGCUGCAGCUUGUCGGCGGCUACAGUGACCCGCAUCACUACUCCGAAGAGCUCUUCUACAACAUCAUGACAUCCUUCCACAAGCAGCCGGUGGAGAUCGACCUGACGCUGGCGUGCAUCGGCGAGUUGAAUACGACGAUACGCGGCGGUAUACUCUGGCCGAUGAUCUACGGCGUCGGCGUGAACGUCAAGACGGGCGAAAUAUUUCCGGCCACGUUUCCCGACAAGGGCCCUGAUCUUCCACUCCGCUGCGCCAAGUUUCUCACUGGCGUCACACAAGUGUUGGACAUUUAUGACAGCAAUUUGGGCCUCUUGCGAAUCGGGCCCUUCAACUACGAGCCGCUGCGUGGCGUAGACCUGUGGCUGGAGCAGUCUGACGACUUUAUUCUGCAGCACCUCUCGACUUCGCCCGAAGUUGAACCGCCACACUUUGUUAUGCAGAUUCGCGCCACAUUAAAGUACAUCCAAGAUAAUCAGUUUCCAGCUGUGACUGUCUUCAGGGAUAAUCGUCCGCAUUAUUACAGGCGGGACGAGCAUUCGGGAACGUGGCAACCUGUUCGGUACUGAGAUAUCGUAGCAAGAAAGAAACCACACACAGAAACACACAGUGAAACCUUGAAUUGUUUCAGCUUACUUUAAAAAUAUAUACGUACGAUACGAACAGAUUUAUUGAUAUUGUUAGUAGAAAUCUUUAAAUGUACAUAGAACGUUUAUAUAUUUUGUGUUGGACCACGAGAGCGUAAGUGAGAAGGCCGGAUAAUUGUUACAUGAAAUUUGUGAUUUUACACUUCUCAACAUUAUACAUAACAUUAGUUAGGUACAUUUUUAUAUUGCGUGUGUCUCCUUCAUAUUAAACUGGUGAUUGUAUCAUCAUUUGCAUCACAAUAUCACAAAUCUAUGUGCGAGAUACCGACAGAGCGUUUACUUUCGAAUUUUGAAUGCGAAUACACCUUGUUUUUGAAUGUUUAUAAGUGCAUAGUUACAAGUUACAAUUUACAAUGUAAGUCAUAUUUUAUUGUUGUUUAGAGCAUUUUGUUAAUUUGGGUUGUUGAUUAUAAUUGAACGAUGAAUAAAUAUUUCAUUGCUUA